GUGAGUGAAAACAGACAUGGACGUGUUUUGAGAAAGCUCUGUAAAUCUAACAUUAUACUGCUAAGUAAAGAAAACAACAAUAAACACCCCAGCAAAAGUUUGGGGGAGCUGUGACACGUGCAGUUCAUAGACCUUGGUGAGUGAGCGUGAUAAUUCUUUUUCUGUACGUCUGAAGAACAUAGGUCGAAUUGAAGGCGUGAAAAUUGGUUCGCAAAAAGGAAAACGAUAGUCGUAUAUCCUACUGGGUUUCUGUUGUUGUUUGCGUAAAUCUGUCAUUUCAAACAAAUAGGCAUCGGCAUGUGAAUAUAUGGCCCCGUUGAACAGAGAAAUCAUUCGUUGACUUGAAGUCCCAUACCGGAGCACCAACAAUGGCCUGUGAUAUAAUUGAGAUUUCUCAACAUAUCAAUGCGAAUCACCAACAAGCCUGUAGUGACCUUGAAAAGGCCAGCCGAUUCAUCACAGAAGCAUUGCAGAGUGAGAUCCAGAGGAACACAACUCUGCGGAUGUUAAUCCACCGUUUGGAAGAAAAGGCAGCUGAGAAUGGAAGGAGCCUAUCAGCGCAGACUGAGUCAAACCGGCAGCUGAAGGUCCAGGUCGAUAAACUACAGAAACGUCUGAAGGACAAGGACAACUCCCUAGUACAAGCCAAACAGACUAUUGGUGUCCUGAAGAAUGAACUGGGGGACCUGAAACAGCAGCUGCACAGCCACCAGAAUAGUCAAAGGACGAUUCAGGAAGUGACAGAGUGGCUGCAGCAGGAUGGCCAGAGCCAGGAGAGCCAGAGCAAUGAUGCGGAGGAAAGUGUCCUGCAGAAUCCAGAUGAUGGAAAUGAUAUUAAGCAAGAAGAGGCGGAUGAGGAAUACCCAAGUAGCAAUCAAUCAGAUGAUCUUGUAGAUGAAACAGACUCCCCCACAGAACAGAACACUACCAUCAAAGCUGAACUGGUGAAGCUCCUGAACCAUGAAGACAUAGAGAAAGCGAUCUCCACCCAUCUCCCUGAGCUUCCAGAUCAGACUCUGGCGUCUCUGAUGGAACUGUUGGAAGAGCUCGGCGUAGAGACUAGAGCAGACCUUGUUUAUCUCCGCGAGAGUGACAUGUCGAAAUGUCUUCAACCAAUCCAGUUCCGCAGGCUGCUGAGCGGUCUGAAGAAUGAGGCUCUUCCAGUCCUUCAAAUCGAUUACGCUACGGUCACCUCUCAACGCCCCAUCGCUACCACUACUACUCACCCUCCAUCCUGGACUUCCCCAGCAACUUCAAGCCCCUCUGUGUCUUCCUCUUCGCGGGCUGGCAGGCCGUGGUAUGUCGACUUCCAGGUCAAAUGGGACAGGAUGCCGUUGCCAAUUCGAAGAGCGCUGGAGAGUCAAACCAGACCGUCGCCGGUGGACAGGAGGUCCAUGGUGAGGGUGGUCGUCGACCAGAUGCAGGAGUACGAGCUGAACCCCACCAGAUCGAUGUGCCACAGCGUGGCGCGCAACAUCGUUCAGGAGCACCCGAAAUGCUUCGCCGAUGUCGGCAAGGGAGGCGACAUCGUCGGGGACGGCAGUCACUCCCUCCUACAGCAGAUCAAGACGAGGGUGGAGCAUAAGAACAGGAAUAGCAUGUUGGCGCGGCACCGUCGGGAGAAACGGACGCGCGACACCACCGCUGAGGCCAUGGAGGAGACGAGCAGGCUGGCGCUGAGAGGGCCGGUGGACCAGUACGGCUGCGUGAGGUGGAGUCCCACGGAACUGCCGUUCGGAGAAACCCCAGAGGGCUUGAACGAGGUCAAAAACCAACUGUACAGACUGUACUUGGAGAAAGGGAUCGGCGGCACCGCGGAAGAAGAGGCGGAAGCUCUGAUGGUGAGGACGUACGUUAUCCAACGCGAGUUCCUCAACCGCGUCCCUGCGCCGACGGUCGCAGAGAUUCAGAAGGAGUGGCCCUUCUUGUUUUCGCAGAGGGGCUUUUUCACCCACUUCGGCUUGCUGACGGACGUGCCGAUCCUCAUUAAACUGCAAGAGGCCAUGGGAAACAAAGGAGACAUGAUCAUUCGGUACUUCCGGAAGCACACGAGGGAUGUCCACAGCAGAUUCGACGAAGUCUUGGACAAUUACGAGCGUGGAACCUCGGACAAGACGAUGGGUGUCCUCCUGCUCCUUAUGGCUUACUUCAACGAGCCCAAAACCUCCAUCUUGCUUGAGGCUGAUCCGUGUGCCACUGCUAUGGAUGUACAAAGAACACAGAAGCUUCCAACCACCCCAUGCUUGAUUGUACAAGGUGAGCUGUUGAAGCCAAGGGGGUGGAUGUUGUCGGUUGAGGAGCGCGUGGUCAUGGGGCCACACUGCGAUGUUUUGAACGGGUUGGCUGCACUCUUCGCCAGCUUCUACAACCUGAACCUCCCGUACCCUGAAGAGAGUUACAUCAUUCUAGAAUUUAUUCAGAGAUGUUUCCUGGGUAUUAAUCCAGAAACCGGCUCCAAGACAAAGAAGAAACGUGGAGGUCUCAACCAACAAGUUUGCACUCUUAUGCGCAAGCUGUUAGAUUUUGAGUGGCAGGCAGGGUAGUUUUUUGUUUUUUAGCUUAACUGUGGUAAAACAUUAAGUUAGAGGUUAAAACAUUAAACUAGAGAUGACACAGCAUUUUGUGACAGCACUGGAAAACCCCAAGUGCAGCCUCAAUCUUCUGUAGGUAGACCUAUGCUCUUCAGUCAGCACAAAUCAAUGGAGAACACAGGGCUGCACUAUUAUGGAAAAAAAUCAUAAUCACGAUAUUUGGGUCAAAACGGAAUCACAAUUAUUAAUCACUAUUAAUAUAUUUUGCAGAGUUUUAUUUAAAAUUAUAAAAAAAGGAAAUGUAACAAAGAAUGAAUUAUAUUCGGGACAAACAAAAUAAAACUCAAUUGUAAUAAUUAUGUAAAAGGCAAUAGCAUUAAACUUAGGUGGACAGAUUUUUGGCCAGAAACACCAGCCUGUCAGUAUAUUCUGGCUUCAAGGAUGGUAGAAGGUAGGUCACUAUUGCCACGAUUGAAAUCACGAUUUCGAUAUCACGAUUAAAUCAUGAUUUUCGAUUAUUUUCCAUUAUUUGUGCAGACCUAGGAGAACAUUCCCACCUCUGUCAAAAAAUGGCCUAAAGCUGUGUGAGUGUAUUAUCAAGAAUCAGAUUUGAGAUGUCUGAGAGGCUAAAUUUCCACUUAAAACGCGACUUGAUAAAAUACAUUUUAAAACCGGUUAGAUACGUAGAUGUUUAGCAGCACAUUUCAACUAUUGCCCUUUUAUAGUCUGUCGAUGGAAAUUUUCACAUUACGCCUUUUUUGAUAAAAGGUGAAAGCCCCCUUCUCCAUGCAUUUACAUUGCUCAAGUCUACCGCACCCACAAAUAAUGGCUUGCCAGGAUUGCCGUGAAAAAAGGGGCGACGUCACCUCUUGUCUAAUGUUCAACCUCUAUGUACAUUUGAAAGCUAUAAUUUUUCGUUAAUCUUGAAAGCUGUUAACUACAUUUUGAGUUGCAGGCAACGCAGAAGGUCUUUUUCAUGUAUUUGUUCUCAUUAUAAAUCGUUAGAAAAAUUGAAGCCCUUUCUAAAGAGUAUCACCUUUGUUAUGACCCCUCUUGCUGCGGUUACACAUUUUUACAUGUUAGCUGUUGGACAUUUUAUACUAUUUUUUAUUAUUUUAUUUUUAAAGUUUUUUUGAUUAUGUUUUCUUGUUUGGAGUAUGUUUAACUGUCUUUGGAUGUAACAGCUGAAAAUAAUUAUGAUGAGUUGCAUUAAAUGAUAUAAACAAA